AUGACCUUGAAGAAUUUUCACAGGCCCAUCUUUGUCAUCUUGCUGGUGAUUUACCUGCUUAUCCUCAGCGGAAACAGCAUCAUCUUCACCCUCAUCUAUGCCCACCCCCACCUUCAUAUCCCCAUGUACUAUUUUGUCGCCAUAUUGGCUGUCCUGGAGGUCUUCUACACCACUGUCACCAUGCCCAAGAUGCUGGCCGACCUUCAGAAAAGCACUCCAUCCAUCUCUCUCCAUGGCUGCCUGCUGCAAAUCUAUUUCUUCCACUCGCUGGGGAUCACAGAGGCUUGUUUGCUCACAGUCAUGGCUUAUGACCGGUACUUAGCCAUCUGCACCCUGUUAAAAUAUUCCACCACGAUGACCACCAAGCUUUGUUUCCAGCUAGUGCUGGGAUGCUGCGCGUGUGGCUUCACUUGUCCUUUGCCGGAAGUCAUCCUGACUUCCCAGCUGCCGUUCUGCGGCCCCAGUCGCAUCAAGCACAUGUUCUGUGAUUUCCCUCCACUGAGGUACCACUUCAGUGGGAAGAUUUAG